AAAAUGACGAACUUUCGGGCUCUUCUGCUUAAAAUUUCCGACGAGCUAACUUCAGAAAAUUUUAGUUCUAUGCGAUUUGUAUGUAGAGACGUUAUUCCUGCCGGCAGAUUAGAACAUUUUCGGCGUCCGAUCGACAUGUUCGUUGAGUUCGAGCGAUUGAAUCGUCUUGAUGAGAAAAAUAGAGAUUUCCUGGCUUCUAUUCUUGUACAAAUUGGACGACCGGAUUUGCGAAACUUGCUUCUGGAAAUAACAGAUUCUACUGGUAAUGUACAACAGGUCCCUAAAGGUGUCAGGAAUCCACAAUUUGUACAAACCCUAGUCACCCAGCAUCUUCUUGAUGAAAUUUCCAAUCAUAUCACAGUCUACUGGAAGGUGUUGGGAAGAAAGCUGGGUCUCAAAGAGAACAUUAUCGAAUCCAUCGAUGUGGACUAUCGUAGAAUACAAGAAAAGGCAUAUCAAAUGCUUUUAGCAUGGCAAAGAACUAUGAGCAAGAAGGCCACUGUGCAGGCCCUAAUGGAUGGCCUGGCUAGAUCUGGAAGAAGGGAUUUAUGUGAAAUGACUGAAGAAAUUAUGGAAAAAGAUGAAAAACAAACAAAGUCUCAAGAAUUUGAUUUGAGAUCACUUCAAGAAAACCUGCCAAAGAGAGAACCACAAGAAAAAGAUGAGCCGGACAGCACAGGUAGAGGAGUCCAACCAAGGAAUAGCAGCUGGAACAGCACACCACCAUCAACAUCAGAGCCUUUGCUUAGAACUAAUGAAGAGAGCACAGGGAUCCCUAGCACUGCUGAUGGUGCCAAUGUUGUUGCAGAUUCUGGACAUCAGGCAAGUGAGGGCUUGUCAACGCCUGUGCAAGAAAUGGCAAGAGGAAAGCGAGUUCUAGAUAAGCUUGGAAAUUACCUGGAUCCUGAGAAGUAUAUCGUGACCGAUCUUCUUGGGACUGGAGGCUUUGGAAAGGUUUAUCUCUGUAUGAGGAAGGAUGACAUUAAGCAACUAUAUGCAGUAAAGUUGGUUGACUUAGGGGAAAAUGACUCUGUCACUAAAACAAAAACAGACGCUCUCCUGAAAGAAAUCAAAACACUAAGAACAUUGAAUAACCCUUUCAUAAUCAAGUUCUGUCACUCAGAGACAGAACACAACACACUUGCCAUGUUCAUGGAGUAUAUGCCUGGGGGCUCGAUUUCUCAGUUACUGAGGGAUAAGGGUCCGUUAGUGGAGGAGACUGUGCGCCAGUACGUAUGGCAGAUUCUUAAGGGACUGUCAUUUCUACACGAUGUGAACAUCAUUCAUAGGGAUCUCAAGGGAGCUAAUAUUUUGCUGGACAAAGAAAAAAGAUUUCUAAAGUUGACUGAUUUCGGCAUUGCACAUGCAGUGGAGGGAGUGGUCACAAGUACAGGGGUAUACGCUAGUAGCUCCUUUACAGCAUCUGUCUAUUGGACCAGUCCAGAGCUCAUGUUAGGGGAGCGCUAUGGAAAAAACACUGAUAUCUGGAGUCUGGGGUGCACGAUAAUCGAGAUGCUGUUUGGGAAGCCGCCGUUACACCUGGAUGACAUAACUAACCACAUGCAGGCGAUGUUACGGAUUAGCACCUACCGGGUCAAUGUGCCAGAUAGCGCCUCAGACAUUUGCAAGAAUUUCCUGGCCAAAUGUAUCUGCCCCCGGAAAGGCAGGAGUUCUGCUGAGGCUCUUCUUGAAAGCGACUACCCUAUUCCUUGCCAAGACGGUGCUCAACUACCGAAACCUGACGACCAGAACACGAAACCAGACGACCAAAACUCGAAACCAGACAACCAACAGCCGACGGUAGACGAUCAGCAGCCGAAGUUAGACGACCAACAGCCGAAGCUAGACGACCAGUAGCCGAAACCAGACAACAACAAGCAAAAACAGACGACCAUCAGCCGAAGCUAGACGACCAAUAGCCGAAACCAGACAACAACAAGCAAAAAAAAGACGACUACUAGCUGAAGCUAGACGACGACAAGCCGAAACCAGACAACAACAAAAAAAGAGGAAGAGCAAGCCAGACAAAGACGGAAAAAAGCGCCGUCAAACGAAACCAGACGAAGACAAGCCGAAAUGGGACGACCGCAGCUAAAAUAAAACGAGGAAGAGUAGUGGUUCCAGGAGGUCAAAAGCCAAAACAAGAUGGCUUUUCGACUUCAAGAUAAGGAAAUAGCUUUAUCUUGAAAUCAUCUUCAAAUUUAACCACCAUGAACGGUAAGGUUGCUGCAACGGAUCACACCCUUCUCACGGCGAAUGCUGUGCAAAUAACUCUCAGUGGACGGACGACGCAUAUGGUCGCAUAUGUCGCAUAAAACAAACACUAGAUGCGGUCAUUAGGUUUAUCUUUUGUGGAAUUAUCGAUCGAACAAUCGGACAUGAGAUGUUAGGGCGUAUCUCUCUUGAAGAUUCAUAGGCGUGAACUUUACGUGGCCAUAUGAAAGAUGUAUUCCGUUAGGUAAAUCGCUGUAGAAUUUGAAUUUAGAAAAUAAUAAUUAUUAUAAAUGUAAACAAGAGACCAUGAUGUACAUCACGGUCUCUUGAUGGAAAUGAUCAUAUAUGUUAUGUAGGUAGUAGGUAUCCUUAUAUAUUCAUUUUUAUAUAUUUGGCUCCAGACAGGUUUGCCCCUUACCGCCCAUUUGCUACCUUUUAUACCUAAUCCUUUUUAGAUCAAAGCCUUUUGUACACACGUGUGCCCAAUGAGGGGAGAUGGGAAGCAAACAUCCAUAUUUUGCAAGAAAAAUUUGAUAAUCCUAUUUCAAGUAGGAUUGUACACGGAGAACCAUCGUAACCCGCAGCGCUUCAUGGGUAUAAAAUAAAUAAGUAGAUAAGCGUACAAGAAAAACAAUCCCUGACUUAAAAAAAUACCUGUUGUUUUUCUGUGAGUGUUCGCAUAACUUUCAGAGAUCUAUUUUCAUUAAUUACAAUGACAGGAAUCUCUGAAAUGCGCUGGUUACAUAACCCCAGAUUGUUAUAGAUGUUUAUUUAAUAAAGUGUGAAUUUUCUCGUGUAA